ACACAUGUAAUCCUUGACUUUCAUGUUCUAUCUUUUCACAAUUCUUGUCCUCGCCGCUUCGACAGUGAAGCCAGUACUCAAGCUGCAAAGUCCGCGUACUCUACCAUCCACCGAGACAUACGCAGGGCAGUUGCAUCCGUGUUGCAAAUCAAGGAAAAGUCCAGAGCACAUGUGGCUCAUCCUGCUAUCCCUGCAGAACAUGCUGAGGCACUCAUCAGACGUCUGCGUGCGGAGAGCUCGGGGUCACAGCAUCCCAUUUUCACUCAUCUUAGAACUGCUUUGCUAUGUCAUUAGCUAAUAAUGUGAAUCAUGGCAGAGCCCACUACAGUCGCAUUCUGCGAAGUUCUGAACAGGCCU